AGUUGAAAGCUGAAGACCUGGAGUCCUUGCUGACUCGGAACUCUGCCCUCUCUUGGGUGUGGUGGGGUCAAAGUUCCCUGUGGGAGGCUGAUUUUGCAAUUUGAAUCCUAAAGAAAGAAGUAAUUACAGGCUAGCAGGCUGCCCUUCUAGGCUGAAAGAAGCAGAACACCUUUUCCACUUCCUGGGCUCAGGAACAAGAUGGAGAAAAUGGCAUUCGCAGCACAGAGUUGUCGCAUGGAUUUAAUGACAUAAUAUUCAUAAGCACUUUCUGCAGGGGUGGUAGAGAGUAGGCCGGACGCACAGACGACAUGAGGCUAUGGCUGAGAGGCCUGGGCCUCCAGGCACUGAGGAACUUCCGGGAAUUCUGCGGGGUCCACACACAGCUGCCACCUCUUCCUGUCCCCGAGAAGAUUCUGGCCGUCUGGGAAGCCAUCAGCCUAGGGAGGCAGCCGGUGCCUGAGUACUUCAAUUUUGCCCACGAUGUGCUGGACAUGUGGGCUCAGCUGGAAAAGGCUGGGCACCGGCCCUCAUGCCCCGCAUUCUGGUGGCUGGAUGGCAGGGGAGCAGAGGUCAAGUGGAGCUUUGCAGAGCUGGGGACGCAGUCCAGGAAGGCAGCCAACGUUCUGGGGGAUGCCUGCGGCCUGCAGCCCAGGGACAGGAUGAUCCUGGUGCUCCCACGACUCCCAGAGUGGUGGCUCAUCAGUGUGGCCUGCAUGCGGACAGGGGUUGUCAUGAUUCCAGGUGUCUCCCAGCUGACGGAGAAGGACCUCAAGUACCGGCUGCAGAUGUCCAGGGCCAAGUCCAUUGUGGCCAGUGACUCCCUAGCUCCGCAUGUGGAUGCUAUCAGCGCCGAAUGCCCCUCCCUGCAGACCAAGCUGUUGGUGUCUGACAGCAGUCGCCCAGGCUGGGUGAACUUCAGGGAGCUCCUGCAAGAGGCAUCUGCAGAGCACAGCUGCGUGAGGACCAAGAGUGGGGAUCCACUGGUCAUCUACUUCACCAGCGGGACGACUGGAGCCCCCAAGAUGGUGGAGCACUCCCAAUGCAGCUAUGGACUGGGUUUUGUGGCCAGUGGAAGCCGGUGGUUGGGCUUGACUGGAUCAGAUGUCUUCUGGAACACAAGUGACACUGGCUGGGUGAAGGCAGGCUGGAGUUUCUUCCCUACCUGGGCCAUGGGAUCUUGUGUUUUUGUUCAUGAGAUGCCCCGAGUUGAUACCAAAGUCAUCCUGAAUACCCUCUCCACGUACCCGAUCACCAACUUCUGCUGUGUCCCAACCAUCUUCCGGUUGCUUGUUCAGGAGGAUCUGACCAGGUACCAGUUCCAGAGCCUACAGCACUGUCUGGCUGGAGGAGAGGCCCUCAACCCUGAUGUGAGGGACAAGUGGAAGCGCCACACGGGCCUGGAGCUCCAUGAAGGCUAUGGGCAGUCAGAGACGGUUGCAAUCUGUGCCAAUGCAAGGGGCACAAAGAUCAAGUCUGGCUCCAUGGGCCAAGCGUCCCCACCUUACGACGUGCAGAUUGUGGAUGAUGAGGGCAACGUCCUGCCUCCAGGAGAAGAAGGGAACAUUGCUGUCCGCGUCAGACCCACCCGGCCCUUCUGCUUAUUCAAUUAUUAUUUGGACAACCCUGAGAAGACAGCUGCAUCGGAACAAGGAGACUUCUAUAUCACAGGGGACCGAGGCCGCAUGGACACGGAUGGUUACUUCUGGUUCAUGGGAAGAAAUGAUGACGUGAUCAACUCCUCGAGCUACCGCAUUGGACCUGUUGAAGUGGAGAGUGUCCUUGCCGAACAUCCCGCUGUCCUUGAGUGUGCUGUGGUCAGCAGCCCAGACCCGAUCCGGGGAGAGGUGGUGAAGGCAUUCAUAGUCCUCUCUCCAGCCUACUACUCCCAUGACCCAGAGGCACUGACCCGGGAACUCCAGGAGCACGUGAAGAGGGUGACUGCUCCAUACAAGUACCCCAGGAAGGUGGCUUUUGUUUCAGAACUGCCAAAGACGGUUUCUGGAAAGAUCCAAAGGAGUAAACUGAGAAACCAAGAGUGGGCAAGAUGACGUGCAGCCCCAGCCCCAUAGCCCGCUGGGUGCUCCAGGAGGUGGUGGGAUCACUGUCAGCCCCUGCUGAAAACAUCAUCCCCUCAACCUCACAGACGCCAAGAGGCUCAGCUUCUAAGUGGGCAUCUCCAGAAUCACUGCACGGUCUUGGAGAGAAAAGGAAGCGCGUCACUGACCCAGAGCACAGAGCCUUGGACCUGUCUAGCAAGCGCUCAGUGGCUCACCUUGCCCUGCUGCCUGGAGGUGACCCCUGCAUCUGCCCCCUUGGUCUUACUAAGAGCUCCCAGCUGCCCGGAGGAAUGAUGGGUUACCAUAGCCUUGUCCACUGUGUGUCGUCUCUCAUGUGGGAGUAUAAAGCCUUUGGGAUGAAGCCAUUUGGUAAGAGCAUCCAGGCCAUACAAUUGGUCAUACCCUUUAACUUCGAAAUUCCAACUCUGGGAGGCUGAGGCAGGAGGAAUGCUUAAAGAUUUAAUGAGACCCUGUCUCCUAGGGGGGAAAAAAGUCUGGCAAUGUAGCUCUGUGCAAAAGCACUAGGUUUAAUCCCCCAUUCUGCAAAGGAAAAAAAAA